AGAGAAACAAGAGCGCCAUUCAGUCGAAGAAGAGCAAUCGUAAGAAUGGGAUCGAGAACACAGAGAUGGAGCGAGCUGGAGGAGGACGACGAGAACCUCGACUUUCUUCUGCCGCCAAAGCAGGUCAUAGGCCCCGACCAGAACGGUAUCAAGAAGGUCAUCGAAUACAAGUUCUCCGAAGACGGCAGCAAGGUUAAGAUCACCACCACAACACGCACCCGUAAGCUCGCCAACGCUCGCCUCAGCAAGCGCGCCAUCGAGCGUCGCUCAUGGCCUAAGUUCGGCGACGCCAUCCACGAAGACGUCGGUAGCAGGCUCACCAUGGUCUCCACCGAAGAGAUCCUCCUCGAGCGCCCUAAGCCCCUUGGUGCCAAAACUGAGGAACCAAAGGCUACUGGUGAUUCAUUAGGUCAGAAAGGUGCUGUUCUUAUGGUCUGUAGGACUUGUGGGAAGAAGGGUGACCACUGGACUUCAAGGUGCCCCUACAAGGAUCUUGCUCCACCGUCAGAGGGAUUUGUCGACAAGCCUCCAACAUCUGAUGCUGCAGCUGCUGUUCCUGGUUCAACAAAGGGAGCAUAUGUGCCUCCUGGAAUGAGAGCCGGUGCGGAGAGAACUGGAUCGGACAUGCGGCGCAGGAAUGAUGAGAACUCUGUGAGGGUCACUAACUUAUCGGAGGACACAAGAGAGCCUGAUUUGCUCGAACUGUUCCGCCCAUUUGGUGCAGUGAGCAGAGUCUAUGUUGCUAUUGAUCAAAAGACGGGCAUGAGCAGAGGAUUUGGAUUUGUUAACUUUGUAAACAGAGAAGAUGCACAGAGAGCAAUUAACAAGCUCAAUGGAUAUGGAUAUGACAAUCUCAUCCUCAGAGUUGAAUGGGCUACCCCCAGGACAAACUAGAUUCUUCUUUGUUUUCUGCCUCUUCCUUUGAAUGGUCUCUUGAAAUUUUCCCUAAAUUUUUGCAAGAGAAUUGUAUUGUCUCAUCCUUUGAGAUUUUUAAUUAUUUUUAAAUUAAAGUGAACUCCAAUUCAAAAUCAGUUGCCAUGA